GAGCCAGCCACAGUUGGGAUUUCCCCUUGUUGGGCUUUAGUAUGUGUCUGACUCUUGCAUGGCAUGUUGUGCUGUCGAGAUCUCUCUCCAUCCAUAUCCCAUGCAGUCUCACGAAGAUGAAAGUUUUAACUUGGAAUAUAAAUGGGCUCCGAGCUUGCAAAGUCCCGCUCAAGGAAUUAUUUGCCAACCUAGAUGCAGACAUUAUAUGUCUUCAAGAGACAAAGAUAACAAGAGAUCAACUUGACAAUGAUUUAGUGAAUGUGGAUGACUACAAUGCCUACUUCAGCUUCUCCAAGAAAAGAAGUGGAUACUCAGGGGUGGCAACGUAUUGCAAAAACAGCACUACACCAGUGAUUGCAGAAGAAGGGUUGACUGGCUUGCUAUCUCACGGAACCAAGCAGAGUUUGAUUGGUUGCUAUGGAGACCAGUCUGCGUAUUCUCCAGAAGAGCUGCUGUCCAUUGACGCAGAAGGCAGGACCAUCAUUACUCAGCAUCAAUACAGGUAUAAAGGGAAGAAAGAUGGCGCCCUAGGAGAUCUUGUUAUUAUCAAUGUCUACUGCCCUCGUGCGGGUGAUGAUAACCCUGAGAGGAAAAGCUUCAAGAUGAGAUUUUACAACCUGUUGCAGCUCCGAGCAGAGGCCAUGUUGCAGGCUGGAAAGUCUGUGGUGAUCGUGGGUGAUGUGAAUGCUUCUCAUAGACGCAUUGACCACUGUGAUCCAAGUGGCAAUUGGGGUAAAUUUGAGUCUCAUCCAAGCAGAAAGUGGCUGGAUGGAUUCCUCAAGGAUUGCAGCUGUCCUGAGACCGCAGAGACAUCACCAUCAUCUCAAGAUGACCUUCAGAAAUCCCCUCAAGAAGAACAAGAGUUAAGCGAUGAGGAGAGGCACGUUCAUGAUGACAGUAACAUUGAUGUUGAAGAUAUACCAUCAAAGGAUAAUCUCUUUGUAGAUAGUUUUCGGUACUUCCAUCCAAAGCGUGAGAACGCAUUUACGUGUUGGUCCACGCUUACAGGAGCUCGGCAGACAAACUACGGGACCAGGAUCGAUUACAUCAUUGUCAAUGAGCGGUUGUGUGUGGAUGAGUUGACCGAGUGUGACAUCAUGCCAGAGUUUGAAGGAUCAGACCACUGUCCUGUCAAGGCUACACUUCUAGGAGGCUGCUCCCCAGCUGAGCAGCUGCAUCCCAUGUGUGCCAAGCUCAUGCCGGAGGUUGCAGGGAAGCAGCAGAAACUGUCCAACUUCUUCCAGAAGGUGUCACCUUCCAAGAAGUUUGAGAUGCAUGAAAAGGCUAUGUCUGGUGAGAAUAAGCAGGGAGGUAGGUCCAGACUGGACAUUGGUAAGAGAGAAGGACAGUCUUUGGUGGGUAAACCAGGAAAAAGAGCCAAAACCGAUGGCAAGGUGACCAAGACAGGGAAUAUAGCAAGCUUCUUCAAGAAAAAGGCAGAUGCAAAACUCCGAAGUCAGACCGACCUUGAAAUCCACCAGUCAUCCUCCAGCUCGUACAAUACCAGGUUAAUGCCGAACAGUCAAAGAAGUGAUGGAGACAUCGAUAAUGGUUCUGACUUUCAAAAUCGCUUGAAGGACAUUCCUGUCGACAGUGGCAUCUCCGGUUCUGACGACGCAGUGUCUGAUGCAUCGCAAAUAGUCAAAGAGACCUCUCAAGAACUUUUUGAAGACAAGCCAAAGGCCAAACAGCAACUCGCCUCAGCCUGGAAGAAUCUCUUCAAAGGCCCUCCACCUUCACCAAUGUGCAAGGGACACCAAGAGCCCUGCUUGUUAAGGACAGUAAAGAAGGCUGGACCCAACUUGGGGAAGCAAUUCUUUGUGUGCAAGAGGCCCGAGGGCCACAAGAACAAUCCUGAGGCUAGGUGUAAUCACUUUGAAUGGGUCUCAAAGAAAUUGAAUUUAAAAUCUGUAUAGGGCAAGAGAUUGCAAAAACUAAAACGUGAAAAAUUGCAAAACCAUGUAGCGCUCUGAAACUUAUAAACAGUACUGAUAGUGAGGGCUCUAUUGAAACCAAAGAUGAUUUUGCUUUGUUUUCACUUUUGGCUGCCUGUAGUUGUACUUUAAUAGAAGUUGAAAGGAGAAAGAUAGAAUAAAACGUAUUAACUGUGGAGUUUCUAGCUGAUUCCUGCAUCAUCAUUAUAUCAUAGGAUAGCUGCUGUUCAUGAUCAUGCGCAAUUUUAGUCUCAUAUUGUAUUCUUUUAUUGGCCAAAAACAUAUUCUACUUGUAUAGUGUUGUGUGUCUGACAAAUGACGAAAGGAUUUUCCCCCAUUUAAUAUAGAUAUAUCUUGCUUCCUACUAUCACACAACAUCAUUCAUGUUAUAUUUGCAAUAUGUCAUAGGAAUGGAAUAUUCAGACUAUAUUGUCGUGAUUAAGUAGUUGACAGUUGAAUCAGUCAAAUUUUGAAGGUUUAUAAACUAUUCAUUUUAAUACAAAACUAGGAAGUAAAACGAAACAGCAAAUAAAGGCACAUUAAACUCAAUGAAAUCGUAUUAUGUACAUUUUUAAAUGAGGCAUUUUAAUGGAUAAUAACAAAGUCUAUGAACAAACAAAAUGUGUGUGUAUACAAAAAUUAUGUUAAUAUUGCAAUAAUUUUUAGCACAAAUAUGGUAAGAAAAAAUCUAAUGCUGUAACAAUAAUGAGGUGUAUUUUUUCAUUAAAAGUAAACUAUUUAAAGAAGCAUACAUUUAUAUGUAGCAAGAUUAACAAGACUCCAUAAUACGAAUUUAAUGCCAAUGUGUAUAUGUAUACAUUAAUACAUUCUAUGCAUCAUUUUUUCUUGUGUUGACAAGUAAAGAGAUAUGAAACCUAGAAUCUAAACGGUUCCAGUAAAUAAGCUAAUAUUAUAGUUGUUAUAGUUUUGUAUGUAUAAGUAAUGAUAUAAACUGUAUUUGAGAGUGAAGACUGUGCCAUAUAAUAUACAUGUACUAUCAAUCUAUUUCUCUGAAAUACUGAAGUAUGAUUUUUAUAACCCUGAUUCACUUUCAUUUUGUUGAAGAAAUUAAUGUACUUGAAUUUGUUCACGUAAACAAGGAAUGAUUUGUUCUAUUUCAAUUAAUUGCCUACCGUUCCUAUACCAUACUACUCCUAUUUCAAAACAUAGUAUGCUUCACAGCUUAAUUAAAUUCUUCAUACAUGUUCAAAAAUUCUCUCUAACGUUUUGAUUUAAAACUUGACCCUUCUUUUUUUUUUGCACUCAACAGACUUUGUUGGAAAUUUGAGGCAAAUAAUAUUGAGAUGUUUCUUUAAAAAAGUAAUAAAAAGUAAAACAAUCUAAUUUGUUCAAGCGCGUAUAUGAUUACUUUGAUCAUGACUACUUUAGUGAUAGCCAAAUUUGUCAGAAA